AUGAGCACCCAGAACCUGGCUACUGUUUUUGGCCCAAACAUCCUACGACCCAAAGCUGAAGAUCCAGAGAGUAUCAUUGGAGGGGCAGCCGUGGUGCAGCAGCUUAUGUCCGAGCUGAUCAGGGAGCACCAGUGCCUUUUCUCCAGGGAGGGGGGAGACAUAGAGGCCCCUGGCUCUUCACGUCCUGACUCUUACCCAUGUCAGAGAUGGAAAGGAGACCCAUUCGAGGGGGCGCACAUCCAGCCAACUGCCCAGACCCAGUCGCAUGAUUACAGGCCGGGCAUAACAGCCGAGCACCUCCCCCAACAACAGAUAAAUCACCAUCCUUCCCCUUGCUCCCGCCAGCUCUCCCUGCCUCUGAUCCCUAAGAGGAGAGGGUCGGCCCAAAACCCAGAUGAAACCAGCUUAGCCACACGGCUGUCCAUCACAGACCACCAGCAGCAGCCAGCUGAGGUGUUCUCUCCAGUGAGUCUUUCUUCUGGGCCUCUGUACCACAGAUACACUCUGUCCCAGUCAGAGUCCCAGCCCACUGAGACCGCAGACAGCCCCCACCCUACCUCCCAACUCACAGCCUCUGCCUCCACAGUGACGCUACAGGCUGCCCCAGAACCCAGCAGCAUGCUGCCCAUUGGCUGGAGGGGCCCAGAGGAUCCCAGCUGGGCUGCAGAACAGGGGACUACUGGCACCAGUGGUAGCAGUGAGGCUCAGGACAGUACUCUGUCUGUCUAUGACAACCUGGACACACUACAACGCAUGGAGGAGCUGGCUGCGGAUGGUGGUGGGGGCAGCCCUGCUGGCCCGGUGGAGGUGGGCACGGCCAGCAUGGUAGACACCAGAAGCUCCUGGUCUUCCUGUGAGAUUCUGUCCCUGGAAGACAGUGGGAGUGGUGUGGUCAGAACCAGCCCAGGACGGGGGUCCACUAGGUUCCCCUCCUUCAGGACUGACCCAGGAGACGAGGACCUCCAUCCUAACUCCCCAGCCUCCUCCUCUGCCCUCACUGAUGCCCCCCUGAGCACGGGCAGCUCAGAGGUCUUCCUGCCCUCUGCUCCUCCGGACCUCCGCGUCCCCCCGGCCUCCCAGGCCAUGCACUGGCUCUUGACUGGCCUCAGACAACAGAUGGCCAGGCAGAGGGCUGAGUUUGAAGCCAAGAUCCAGAGGUUGGAGAAGCGUAACGAGGCCCUCCAGGGGGAGGUGGUGGGACUGCGGACCAGCCUGGAGCAGCAGCGCCGCUGGUACAGUGUGGCCGAGAUCAAGAUCCGCAACGUGGAGCGUGCCCGGGCCGAUGCCGACCGCCGCAACACCACUCUACAGAGGGAGAUGGAGCAGUUCUUUGAUACCUUCGGAGAGCUGAGCGCUGAGGCCCAGAAGAGCGAAGGUUAGGGUUAGCACCCCUGAAGAGCUGAGCGCUGAGGCCAGGAAGAGCGAAGGUUAGGGUUAGCACCCCUGAAGAGCGAAGGUUAGGGUUAGCACCCCUGGAGAGCUGAGCGCUGAGGCCAGGAAGAGCGAAGGUUAGGGUUAGCACCCCUGAAGAGCGAAGGUUAGGGUUAGCACCCCUGGAGAGCUGAGCGCUGAGGCCAGGAAGAGCAAGCAUAUCUUACAGAGCUUCUGAUGGCCAGUCAGAUUAGAGAAAGAUGCCAUUACCAGAGCACUACAAGAGCAGUAUCAGGAGAAAACACCAUCCAUCUGAAUGGAAUAUAGAGAGAACUGUCUGUUGCCAUGAUUAAUCCAUAUUGGAUUUGUCUCAUAAUGAGUUGUACAUGUUUGAGGAUGGUUCUAAGACAGUUUUGAGAUGGAACCUGCUGAGAUGGACAACUCUGCUCUGAUGCCUUGGACAUUGUUCAACCAGACAUAUUGACCACCAGACUAGACCAGACCAGAAUGAGGUGGACUGGAGACGAUGGAGACAGACAAGAAACAUAAGCUACUGAGCUCACUAAAUGUGUCAAUGACUGAAAUGAGCCCUAUAAUAUACAGAAUCAAAACUUGGAGACUUAAUGGAUGUCUGACAGCUGGCCUGGCCGUUGAUAUAAUAGACAGGCCCAGACCCAGCCAGUCUGUCCUGAGCCACACAGGAAAAGUUGUGAAAGAGAUCUGGGAAGUAACAUAACAGUCUCAUAGAAUCGGACCCUACGAGAUCCGGAGUACUGCUGGUUUUCAGUUCUACCUGAUAAUUCAUUACACCCACCUGGUGCCCCAGGUCUAAAUAUGUCCCUGCUUAGAAGGGAAGAAUGGGGGGGGGAGCAUUGUAACUAGCUUCAAGGUCCAGAUGUGAAUGUGAGGCCCAAACAAGGUGUUGAAACGCAGACAAGAUGUACUAUUCCCAGUCUCUGACAAGAUCCCACAGCCAUUUAGACACCGUGUGAAAGCUGAUCUUAAAUAGGAUUUGAUUUAGUGCUUCCAAGUAUUGAGGUCAUGUUCUGAGUUUGUCUAUGAGGGUGUCUAAGAACAGACUCAUAUUACUGAUGCAGGUAUUUCACACUGCUAUAAAUAUGAAGGAUUAUAAUUUGGGACCCAUCUGAACACUAUUUCACUUCAUUAUGACAGGGCAGGGUGAGUCACAGCUUUUAACAGUACACCACUUGAAAAUGCCCAUGUAGCUUUUCCACGAAAACCAAUAUGUAUAGUGCAAUAUUAACGUCCUGAAUAAUAAAACAUACUUUUACUAAAUCAUUUUGCAGAGGAACGUGCGCGCACGCAAACACACACACUGAAACACGCAUGCAAGCACGCAAACACACACACUUGUAUGAAAUAAAAUAACCAAAGACGUAAGCAAUAGAUCCUGUCUAUAGCAAUAGCAUUUUAUUUAGCAGAAUUAAUUUUGUCCUCCUUUGAUGUCAAAUGAUAAUCAUCUCUUGAGUUUUUGCAUAUUUUUCAGACAGGGCGAAUAUAGUGGAACAUAUUAAAGGUGCUACACGUAGGAUUUCUUUUUGCAUUGUAAUUUCAGAAAAAUGUCCAUAAUAUAUCCGGUACUAAUAGUGGAAUGAUGGUGUUUCGCCGUAUUAAUGACCCGCCAGUGUUGUGAUUGGCUGUGAUGUUCACCUAUUGAUUUCUCCUGCCGGUGCUGCAUCUGUUUUCAAACUGGGAAAGCUGUUCUGACUUUGUAGCUAUGUUAUCUAGUGGAAAUAGUUCUGUUAUUUUCUGGUUGCUAAAAUUCGACACUGUUUGCUCAAUUUCAGCUUAUGUGAGAAAACAAGCACUGCAUAGUGUAGGGAAUCAAUGUACCAUCUAAAUUGCUGUGAAAUAUCUUUUCAAUAACAAACAAUAUAAUUUUUUUUUUUUACAGCUGUUUGAAGCUGGUGGACCAAACCAAAAGCUACUUUUGGUUUUGGUCCACCAGCAUCAAACAGCGGUUUUGGUCACUAUUCAGUGCUUGUUUUUUCACAUAAACUGAAAUUGAGCGAACCGUGUAGAAUUUUCUCAACCAGGAAAAUAGUGAUUUCCACUAGAUAUCCCAGCCACAAAGUCAGAACAGCUUCCCUAGUUUGACCACAGAUGCCGCUGUGGCGGAAGAAAUUAAUAGGCGAUACACCAGCCAAUCACAACACUGGCGGGUCAGUAAUAUUGCGACACACUAUCAUUUCACUAUUACCGGCAGAUAUAUUAUGGACAUUUUUUUUUAAAUUACAAUGCAAAAAUUUGAGGAAAAAAAAUCUUAUGUGUAGCACCUUUAAGGAGUCAUCAGUGAUGCAUCUCUGAAUAAGACCACCAGUGGGCGCCCAUACAUGGCAUUGCACAGCAGAGAACACAAGCAGUAGAGACAGGCCAAUCUAACAGAUUCUACCUCCAGUUUAUAGACUUGACUAUGUAUCUAUGUCUUGAAGAAAUGUGUAAUAAACAAGUUUGAUUGCAUUAAACAGCAAACCAGACAAAGUGUCUGUAUUGAUUGUUUGAUUACAAAAUGAGUGAUA